AACGUUCAUCCUAGCAGUCUCGAGGUGAAACAUGAAGACAGUUCUGUGUUUCGUUGCCUUGUGCGUCGCGUUAACGGCGUCACGUACUCCGACGGAAACGUAUCCACGCACAGUGGUUAUUGACCCCAACUUCUCUAUGUUCUGGAAGUUCAACAACACACACAUUACCAUAGAGAUGCACCUCACCAUGGGGGGCUGGGCGGGACUCGGCUUGACGAAAGACCCUUCCGGUGCCAUGUUCCCGGGUGACGUCAUGAUUGGAUACGUGCUUAACAAUAAAGGAGUUAUUGCGGACUACCACACCGUUGGACAUAGCCCGCCAAUUAAAGACGCCAGUCAAGACAUCACGCUACUUUACGCACACAGUGACCAUGCUGGCAGCGUACUAAAAUUCGUACGUCCACUCGACACCGGCGAUAGCCAGGAUGAUAUAACCAUUCUUCCCGGUGCAAACCACGUGAUCUUCGCAUACACCGAGAGCGAUCCUGCAAACCUGGCCUACCAUAAAACCAACCGAGGGAGUGCGGAUAUAGCACUGCUGGAUAUCAACGAACCUCCUGUCGGCAAAUAGGAUACCACGCAUUGCUUUUUCACAUAUACGUUAACUGUACAUUAAAACUUGUUUUAUUUAA